CGAUUGGAAAUAAAGGAGGAUAUGAAGAAGCCAACGCAGGAGGAGGGGCAGUGCAUGGAAUCCCUAAUGAAUCCUUAUGAUGAGGCCGGCCGUGCUGCUCAGGGAACGGUUAAGAAAGCCACCUUCUCUGUAGGGCAUCUGGUGCCACAGUUACAGCCUGCCGGCAUUGUUUCUGAGAGAGUGUCCGAUAACCGAUGUGGUCCAAAGUCACACGUUCCUUCACCUGAGGUUGCGCCUUCAGUGCAUGUGAGUAAACAGAAUGUGGAUCGCAUGCCUAUACCCAGGGGAGAGUCAGUGCUGAAUGGGGACCAGCGCCAGCCCCAUCACCCCCUCGGGCAUUCUCUGAGUGAUGUACUUCCUGGCCCCCAGGCAGUUCCCGCUACUUCUGGAAUAUUUUCUAAGGGUUUGGUCCCCCUGGAAUUAGAAGCGAAUGCAAAGGGUCCGAGCGGAGAGCAGACUAGUGGGGCAGCCAUGAAGUGUAAUUGUGAAUCCUGUCUGGUGUCCGAAUCAGCCAUCAAGGAAGCCUCAUUUUCUGAAAAACAUCCAGUGGCACAUAAGCAGCAUACCGGCAUGUUUUCUGAGCGAGCGCCCGAGGUUGAGAGGCCAGAGCCCAUUCAUAUAGGGCAUGUGCCUGCACAUGAGUAUGCACCUUCAGAGGAUCUGACUACCCAGAAUGUGGAAGGCAUGCCUGUGCCCAGAGGAGAGUCAGCGCCGAAUGAGGACCAGAGCCAGCCCAAUCACACCCUAGGUCAUUCUCGGAAUGAAGUCCUUUCUGGCUUCCAGGCAGUUGCUACUACUUCUGGGAUAUUUUCUAAGGGUUCGGUCCCCCUGGAAUUAGAAGGGGAUGCAAAGCGUCUGACCGGAGAGCAGACUAGUGGGGCAGUCGUGAUGUGUAAUUGUGAAUCCUGUCGGUUGACCGAAUCAGCCAACAAGGAAGCCUCAUACUCUGGAAGUGAUUUGAUGAUGCAUAAACAGACUCUCAGUAUACGGUCUGAUAUAGCGCCCGAAGUGGAAAGGCCAGAGACGAUCCAAAGUAUGCGUGUGCCUGCACCUGAGGAUGCCUCUUCA